CUCAUAUGGACCCUGCUCCCUCCCCUCCCAUCGUCCAGGGCUGUCCGUGCACCCCAAGUCUCCAGACUUCAGCCCCCUUCUUAGCCUAGGAUCUGCACAGCAUCGAGGGAUCCAGGAACCAACCUCAAGACCGUCAGCAACCCGGCUCCACUCGGCCCCAACCUCAGCCCUAACCCCAGCCUUGUGCUAGGCCCAGGUCCAGCCAGCCCUACCAUGACAAAUGACUACCAGGACCUUCAGCGUCUGGACAACGAGGACAAUGACCACCAGCUCCGACGAGUGCCGCCUCCCCCGCAGCCGCUGUUUCGGAGGCUCUGCUCCGGACCCUGCCUCCUCCUGCUCUCGCUGGGCCUCGGCCUCCUGCUGCUGGUGGUCGUCUGUGUCAUCGGAUCCCAGAACUCCAAGCUGCGGGAGGAGCUGCAGGCCCUGAGAGAGACUUUCGGCAACUUCACGGAGAGCACGGAGGUCGAGGUCAAGGCCCUGAGCAGCCAGGGAGGAAGUGUGGGCAGAAAGAUGAAGUCGCUGGAGUCCCAGCUUGAGAAGCAGCAGCAGGAGCUGAGUGAAGAUCACUCGGGCCUGCUGCUCCACGUGAAGCAGUUCGUGUCGGACCUGCGGAGCCUGAGCUGUCAGAUGGCCGUGCUCCACGGCAACGGCUCCGGGAGGACCUGCUGCCCGGUCAACUGGCUGGAGUACGAGGGCAGCUGCUACUGGUUCUCCCGCUCCGGGAAGUCCUGGGCCGAGGCCGACAAGUACUGCCAGCUGGAGAGCGCGCACCUGGUGGUGGUGGGCUCCUGGGAUGAGCAGAAGUUCGUCCAGCACCACAUGGGUCCUGUGAACACCUGGAUGGGCCUCACCGACCAGAGUGGGCUCUGGAAGUGGGUGGACGGGACGGACUACGAGACGGGCUUCAAGAACUGGAGGCCAGAGCAGCCGGACGACUGGUACGGGCACGGGCUCGGGGGAGGCGAGGACUGCGCGCACUUCACCGACGACGGCCGCUGGAACGACGACGUGUGCCAGAGGCCCUACCGCUGGGUGUGCGAGACAGCGCGCGAGCCCCCCAGCUAGAAGCCUCAUCUCCCCUAAUUUAUUUCCUCGAUGCCUCCACCUGCCCCGUGACCCUCCUGUGAGGGGGGCGUCCCCCACCGUGUCGGGGAUGGCUGAUCUAGGGUUUUAAGGGAAGGGGAAAGACGAUGCUGAGGAGCCUACAAUCACGUUUUGAGGGACGGGGAGAUCGACACCCCCGUCACCUGCCGCAGCCUGCAGGGUAUGGUCAGCCUUUUUUAGAGUAAAAAGAACAGAAAUAUUUUAAACGUGC